CUGGCUCGGCGCCCGUUGUACAGUGGUUACGGCGUCAGCCACAUACACCGAGGCUGGUGGGUUAGAACCCAGCCUGGGCCAGCUGAACAAUGACAACUGUAACAAAAAAUAGCCGGGCAUUGUGACAGGCACCUGUAGUACCAGCUACUUGGGAGGCUGAGGCAAGAGAAUCUCUUAAGCCCAAGACUUUGAGGUUGCUGUGAGCUGUGACGCUAUAGCACCCUACGGAGGGCGACAUAGUGAGACUCUUGUCUCAAAAAACAAACAAGCAAAAAAGAAUGCCAAAUGCUCCCUCUACUGGACAACAUCUCAUGCAUGAUCCAAACCCCAGAACCUGCAAUGUAGCACUCCUGAGCUCAAGUAAUCCAAUAUGCGGGACACCCAGAGCGCUAACUGGCGUGAGCCACUGCUCAGGGCUAGAACGAAAGGUACCCUGUCCAUAUGCUCCACCCGAGCAAAGUGGGUUGCUGGCCCUUUAAGAGGCGGGAGUUCGCUCCCGGUGCCAUGGAGACAGCUGGAUACAGACUAGGUACCAGCCUGCAGAAUGUCCGCCAAAGUUUACUCCACAGGUGUCCCCGGAGCCAAGGACCCCUCGCCCCCAAACCCCGAGCAUAAGCCACUCCCAAAAGCCAAUGCCGAAGCCAUCGACUUCCUCCGCUCCCUCCGGCAGGAGGAGCUGCAGAUGCUGUUCUUCUCUGAGAAUCUGGCCAUGGUUUCAGACACAGGGGAGCCUCAGGGAGAGCUGUCCAUUAAGGUGGAGAAGGGAAAACACAAAGAGGAUUUUGGAGUCUUGUCACACUGCCUCUUCGUGCAUGUCUGUAGCCGUGGCUUCUUGGACAAAAUGCUCUGUGGAAACUCCAUACUGGGCUAUCUCUCGUGGCAGUUGCAGACCAUGGAACAACACAGUCAUGAGUUCAUCAAGUUUCUCAUCCUCCCCAUGGAGCGGAAGAUAACCUUACUGAAGCAGGAUGAUCAGCUGGCCAUCACCAGAAGUGUCAGGGAAGGUGAGGAUAUGAAGACUGGAGUGACUUUUUUCCCCUUGAGCUCAAUUAAGGGUUUCAUCUCUGAAGCUGCCAACAUGGUUUUGCUGAGGCUGAUGGCCUGGCGGCAGAUGGUGCCCAGCAACGCCCACUUCCUGGCCUUGGAUACUGAUGGCAAAUUUUGCCAUUCCACCUAUCAAGCCUUGGGCUUCCAGACGAUACAGGUGGGCCAUCAGCAGACUGAAGUGUUCAUCGUGGAGCAGACUGUACACUCAGAGGACAGCAUCCCCAUGUCCUGCCAGUACUACCUGCUCCGUGAUGGGCACCUGGCCAAGAGAGUCCAGGUGGGCUCCCCAGGGUGCUGCAUCAUCACCAAGAUGCCCAUAAUAAGGGAGGAAGAUGAGCUCGAGCCUCGACCAGUGUUUGAGAAGAAGCCCCUGGCGUGGGAGGAGGAUUUGGAGCUCUACUCCAGGUUCUUGGAUAGGAAGGAAGAGCUCCGACUCAGCCACACCAGCUAUCUGCGGCAGCACCCCGAGGCCCAAGCGCUCGUCUCGGACUUCCUCCUCUUCCUGCUGCUGCGCCAGCCCGAAGACGUGGUCACUUUCGCUGCCGAGUACUUCGGCCCCUUCGCGGCGCGCCGCCCCGCGACCCCGGCCUUGCGCUCUUCCUACCGGCCCAGCCCUUUCCGCUCGCUGGACCCGGAUCUCGACGACGGCUCAGGGGCAAACUAGGCGGGUCCCUGCGGUCCGGAACUGGGCAGGAAGGGUGGGGAUCGUCGGGGCUGGGACACAGGCGGGACGCGCAGGGGACGGGCGCACUUUCCCGGCUGCGGUUUUUGUGGAAAUAAACGGGGCCUUCCCGAGGCUCUGCAGUGUCAGCGAGGACAGCGUCUUGUGUCUUAGGCUAAAAGGAGGAACCAUUAGCAUCGUACAUCUAGCGAUUCCAGCCUUUCUUCCUAGAUGAUAAUUUACUCACUAUCCCCAUUUUAAAGAGAAUAGAGGCACAGAAUGGUUAGGUAACUCAGAAUUGGCAUGUGGGGAAACAGAAUUCGAAGCUGGACCUUAGACUUGGAAAACCACACUGUUACCCACUAGGUUAGCUGGAACCGGGGGCGUGGCUCCUUGUCUCUCAGAACCAUUGCGGUUGCCGCUAAGUAUGACUGUCCUGGCCACCCACCUGGACUGUGGAUGUGGGAGGGAGGAGGGCCAACAAGAAACAUCGCUGGCCUUGCUUGACAUCUCUCAAGUUUCCCAAAACGGAGCCAGCGCUCUUCCUCAUUCCCACGACACACUGGAACUCCCAAACUGAGUUUCCAAUUACCCGCUUCCCGAGUAAAAAAAACUGAGCAGGUGAUUGUCACCUCCUCUUAGGCCCCUUUCUUAAUGUCAGUCUGGCCAGUGGCUCGUUUCCACGGGAUGGUGGCUGUAAGGUCUCCUGAGGCAGGUGGUAAUGGACGCAGACCCCAUCCAUCUAUUCAUUCGUCCUACCUGCGCUGCCGAGAGGGACUCCAGAGAAGCUGUGAACAACAU